AUGGCUUCCAACUCGCUGGGGCUCGAUUUGGAUGAUCAGAAGAUGGCUGAGUCGGCGGUGGCUGAGGCGCCUGCCGCCGAAUCUGCUGUUGACACUGAGGCUGCCGCUGAGGGCGCUGAGGAUGUGACGACGCCUGCGACGCCGCAGACGGAGGCGAAGAAGAAAGAGGCGCCGUAUGUGAAUCCUGAGCGUGUAAAGACCGGUGGCGCUGCACGGGAUAAGCCUACGGACGAUGAGCUACAGGCGCGUAUGGCGCGUAUACGCGAGCAGAACGAGAAGAUCAAGCAACGGCGCGCGGACGUCGCGGCAGACGAAGAAGCCUUCCGCAAAACGCAAGAGGUCGACCGCGCCAAGCAGGCGCGCAGCCGCAAGAUCCAGACGGAGGUCGACCGCGCGCGCGAGGAGAACGCGCGGCGGAAGAUGGACAAGGUCCAGGGCCGCGAGUGGGACUCGGGCAAGAACGUGCCCAGCCACAGCAAUAGGAACGCGCAACAGCAACAACAACAACAACAACAACAACAACAGCAACAACAGCAACAACAGCAGCAGCAGCAGCCGGCAGCUAGGCAGCCGCCGCCGCAUGUGGCUGAGAAUCUGCCGUCGGCUGGGGUGGAGAGUACUACAGAGGGUACUACAGAGGGUACUACGGCGGAGGCUUCUGCGGCUGAUGGGUGGGGCGCGGGUGGCGAGUGGGGCGCGGGCGGUGUGUGGGGCGCGGGCGAUGAGGCUGCUGCGCCCGCGUCGCCGGAGUCUGGGAGAGGUGGACGGGGCGGACGGGGACGCGGGGGUGAUCGGGGCCGGGGUGGCUUUGAGCGAGGGCGCGGUGGCUUUGAGCGGGGUCGCGGUGGCUUUGAGGGAGGACGCGGUGGCUGGGAGAGAGGGCGCGGGGGAUCUGAGAGGGGACGUGGUGGAGGUGAGAGGGGACGUGGUGGGGGCGAGAGAGGGCGCGGCAGUGGCGAGCGCGGACGCGGUGGCGAUCGUGGACGCGGCGAGCGUGGUGGCCGUGGGCGCGGCGGUCGUGGCGGAGGACGUGGAGGAGCGAGUGGCGGCGGAGACUCUGCCGAUACCAAGGACGAAACGAAAACGGACGAGCCAAAGGAAGAGGCCAAAGCGGAGGAGACUGCUGUCGAACAGGUGCCACAGCCAACGGCAAUUUGA